GCGGUUCUGCUUGAGCUUCGUCCCCCUCCUGUCGCGAAAGAUGGCGACCUUCCGUGAGGACGACGAGCUGUUGGUGCGUUGCGUCUUUCUGGUUGCCAAGCUGGUUGGUGGAGAGCACGCGGUUGCAGGAGCCGACGCAAAGGGUUCUGCUCGACAACAUCACAUGCUUGGCGGCUCUGACUCCAAAUCAAGUGUUGGGGGGGGAGACAGGGCAAGUAUAGAUACGAAUACGUCGUCUGUAAAUGCAGCUUUUGGUGGUGGAUCUUCCCAGGCUGGAGCG